GCAGGAACACAAACACUGUCUGACACUAAAUGUCACCGGUGGAUUCAGAUCUGAUACAGAUGAUGAUUCCUGCGCUACAGUGAAUCACACGAGCGGAACAGCACCGAUCAUCGCCGCUGAUCCUCGUGUUACUGUCCGCGCGAGCGAUGAUUCGGAAUGUUUGUUUGUGAAGGAGAUCGUGACCUUCGGUUCACAUUUCUGCAAUGACAAAAGCGACACACACACACACACACACCCGUCACGAAUACACACGCUUUUCUUCAUCUCUGUCUUCACAGUCAUCAUCAUCAGUUCGUCGGAUCGAACCGGAUGAUUCCGAUUCUUCUGCUUGAUCGGUUCGGAUCAUUUCUGAUGGUUCGGAUCGGUUCCGAUUCUUCAGUUUGAUCGGUUCUGCUGGUUCGGAUCGUGAUGCAUCUCGCGGAUUUCGUCGCCGGUUCUGUCGGAGGGGCUUUUGGAGUGGCGGUGGGGUAUCCGCUGGACACAGUGAAGGUGAGACUCCAGACUCAGACACGUGAUUCAGGAGUUUGGGAAUGUGUGAGAAGAACCUGCAGAACUGAAGGAGUGAGCGGUUUCUACCGCGGGAUGUCCAUGCCGGUGACCACGGUCUCCAUCAGCUCGUCGCUGGUGUUCGGCACCUACAGGAACGUUCUUCAUCUCCUGCGGGAGCUGCGGCACAGAAGCGCGGCGGAUCCGCAUCAUAAAGCUGAUAUCUUCGUGUCUGGGUUUGCCGGAGGCGUCGCUCAGGUGUUGGUGAUGUCUCCCGCAGACAUCGUGAAAGUCCGUCUUCAGUGUCAGACCAACUCGCCGGACUCCAAGCCCAAAUACCGCGGUCCGGUCCACUGUCUGCUCAGGAUCGCGCGGGACGAGGGUCUGCUGGGGCUCUAUAAGGGCUCUGCUGCUUUAGCGCUGCGUGACGGGCCGUCCUUCGCCACCUACUUCCUCACAUACAACAGCAUAUGUGACUUACUGCGGCCUACAGACAGCCAUCAGACAGGAUGGACGGUGGUUCUUCUGGCGGGCGGUGUGUCCGGGAUGUGCGGUUGGGCCGUCGGGACGCCCAUGGACGUGAUCAAAGCCCGUCUGCAGGUGUCGGGUGUGAGCGGGCGGCGCUACAGAGGAUUCUUUCACUGCAUCUCACACAGCGUCAGGACCGAAGGUGUCGCCGUGCUCUUCAAAGGUCUGACGGUAAACUGCAUCCGUGCCUUUCCGGUCAACAUGUCCGUGUUUGCCACGUAUGAACUGGUUGUUCGCUUUCUGCGUUCGGCGUCAUAGAUCAUCAUCAGAUCCGCUCUUUGCACAUGUGAUUCCUCACUGAGGACGGGUUUGCAUCUGCACAGGUGUGAGCGGAAGCCUUUCUGUGCUCAGCUGUGAUUUUAUUGAGAGCUGCAGAAGCUCAUGAAGCACAAAGUGAAUAUUUAAUAAUAUAUGCAUUAAUAUAUAUUUGAGUGUGUUUUGCAGCGUCUACCUCCAGAUGCGUCUGCUGAAGUGCAUCAUGAAUGUUUACAAAAAUGAAAAUGUGCUGAAAACGUCCUCAUCCUCAGGCCAUCCUACAUGUAGACGGAUUACUUGUGGAUCAUUGUGAUGUUUUCAUCAGCUGUUUGGACUCUCAUUCUGACGGCACCCAUUCACAUCCACUGGUGAGCAAGUGAUGGAAUGACACAUUUCUACAAAUCUGGGAUGAGCACAUUUACAGCACAUUGAAGUUUUUUGGUGAACUCAAACCUGUUGUGUUUUUCUCAGUUAACUAGUUUCCUGUGAUGCUGCUCUCAGACAGAUUUAACCCUUUACUAACAGAUUCUCUCAGUCUGAGUGAGACUCUUCUCUGUAUAUUUCAUCUCAUGUUAAAUGGCGUGUUAAAGAUGCUCCUGUUUAACUCAUAUCAGGGAUUCACACUUUAACUCA